AUGUUAAAUAAAUUAUAUUUGUUUUAAAUAUCUAUACAUUUUUACUCAUUUUUACUCAUUUUUACAUUGACUAAAAUAUAUUUAAUGCUUUUGACUUACUUGUACUUCAAUCACACAAGGCAUCCGUUUGAAAACUACUCUGGCGCGCACCCUAUGCUGGUGCCUCUACGUUACCCUUGACAAAUAAUUUGUCCGGAUGGACACAAUACUCAUAUUCAAAAAAAAUCUCAUCUAUAAAUACCACAAAUAAUCUUGUGUAUCACCACAACACAUCUUUCUCACAUUUCACUAAUUAACCUGAAGUUGUUCCCAUAAUUGUCAAACUACACUGCUAGCUACCAUGGUUGCCAAAAAUCAUUUCUAUCAUAUUUCACUGGCUUUGCUUUUCUGCAUGGGAUUCUGGGGUGUUCAAGUCACAUGCCGCACUCUCCAAGAUGCUUCCAUGUAUGAGAGGCAUGAGCAAUGGAUGACUCACUAUGGCAAAGUGUAUAGCAACCCUCAGGAAAGGGAAAAACGUUUCAGGAUAUUCAAGGACAAUGUUAAUUACAUUGAAGCUUUCAACAAUGCUGCCAACAAACCUUACAAGCUAGGCAUCAAUCAAUUUGCAGACCUCACGAACGAGGAGUUCAUAGCACCAAGAAAUAGAUUCAAGGGCCACAUGUGUUCCUCAAUCAUAAGGACAACCACUUUCAAGUAUGAAAAUGUGACUGCAGUACCUUCCUCUAUAGAUUGGAGACAAAAAGGAGCAGUUACGCCCAUCAAGGACCAAGGCCAAUGUGGAUGUUGCUGGGCAUUUUCUGCUGUUGCAGCAACUGAAGGAAUUCAUAAGUUGAGUACUGGAAAAUUGAUCUCUUUGUCAGAACAAGAACUUGUUGAUUGUGACACAAAGGGUGUGGACCAAGGCUGUGAAGGUGGUCUUAUGGAUGAUGCAUUCAAAUUCAUCAUCCAAAACCAUGGACUCAACACAGAAGCCAAGUACCCCUAUGAGGGUGUUGAUGGAAAGUGCAAUGCAAAUGAAGAAGGCAACCAUGCUGCUACGAUUACUGGGUAUGAGGAUGUUCCUGCCAACAAUGAGAAGGCACUGCAAAAGGCUGUGGCAAAUCAACCAGUUUCUGUAGCCAUUGAUGCCAGUGGCUCUGACUUUCAGUUUUACACAAGUGGUGUUUUCACAGGUUCAUGUGGAACUGAGUUGGAUCACGGUGUCACUGCUGUGGGAUAUGGUGUUACUGAUGGGACUGAGUAUUGGUUGGUUAAGAACUCAUGGGGAACUGAAUGGGGUGAAGAAGGGUACAUUAGGAUGCAAAGGGGCGUGAGUGCUGCUGAAGGACUUUGUGGUAUAGCUAUGCAAGCAUCUUACCCGACUGCAUAAUUAACAAAUGUGGACACCAUUAUAGUAUUUACAAUUCUACAUACCUUUUUUAAGUUUUAAGCUUUGGUUCCUGCUAUAGGGCGUUUAUAUCGCUGUAUCCCCUGCAUGAACCAUUGUACUUAUCAAUCUAUUACUAUGAAAUGAAAAACACUGUAUCCCUGCAUGAACCAUUGUACUUAUCAAUCAAUUAAUAUGAAAUG